ACUAGGUUAGCCAGGACUCGAAGUCGAGUAGAUCUACGAAAAAAGUUCUGAUUUUUCGUUCCAUCAGGCACAAGUACUUGACAAGCAAGGGACUUGAAGCAAAACGACGUUGACCAGCGCUACAGCACUGCAGUUGGCUAUUUUGCAAGGACGCUGCUCCUCCAAGAAACACCUGUGUUCAAUCGCACUAACAUUAUUCCUCACAUAGCAAUGGCUGACGAGAACAAACUGCCUGCAUGGCUAGUCCUGUGGCUGAUCGUUGCUUCUCCGGUGGUUGUGUGGGAUGCCAGCUUCUUGUUCACGCGGCCGGCGUCCUUGCCGGGAGGAGAUCUACACUGGUUGUUCUCGCCAUACGCACUCUACAUCGAGGUUGAUGGCCGCUAUGCCGACAUGAGCGACACGUUCGGCUUGGCCCAAGCCUACAUGAACGUCGUGGAGGUGGUCCUGAGCCUGGCGACGGUGGCGCUGCACUUCCGACGCGAUAGGCGCGCGCGCCUGCUCGGCUUGGUGACGUUGAUGAUGACCUGGUGGAAGACAGUGGCGUACAUGAUCCAGUACAUGGACAUCUGCAAUGGCGGCGACUACCUGGCCAAAAAUACCACCAUGUCGCUGGUGUUCCUCUUUCUGAUACCCAACGGCCUGUGGCUGGUGUUCCCCUUGCUUGGUAUCAUCUCGCUGUGGUCCUCACUGCACCGAUCGCUAGCUGUGGCCGACGGCAAGAAAGCACGCUAGAAUUAGAAGGUUGAAGAAGGUAGCCCACCAAAGCGGCGAUGCUAUGCAGUGUGAUGAGAUGCAGUUUUCACUCUGUGUCCGAGACGGUGGCCACCGCGGGGGGGAAGCCGUGUGAAAUAAGCCGGGCAUCGUGAGUACGUGCCGUGGCUGCGGUUCUAUAAUUAUUUGAAUGUCAGCCAAUAUACGUACAUGUACCUUUAACCUGAAUGGAAUGCGCUUGAAAACGAGAUAAGCAACAAACCAUUUUACGGCACAGAUUUUGAUUAAAAAAAUGAGACUAUUUUGGAAACGGAGAUCCACAGAUAUAGUUCAGGCGUUCCCGGUAUUGUUGAUUACACUGACUGACAGAUAGUAUGAUUGAAUUUCAAUAAAACAUUUUGGUCUGAA